AUGGACCAAGAUUGGAGAACUCUGGUCGCGAAGAAACGUGCCGAGGGAGCAAAAGCACUCCCGCAAGAAUGGCGGUUGCCCUCAAGCAUUCUGGACUCCGUCAAUGCCGACGCCGAUAUCAGCGUCCUCGACAUUCCUGCAAAGUGUGGCCUUCUCACACCAAAGGAGCUUGAGAUCACCGAAAACUAUGACGCUGUCGAUUUGAUAGCCAAGAUGGCCGCAAACGAGCUUUCUUCUUUUGAAGUUACCCAGGCCUUCUGCAAGAGGGCUGCUAUUGCCCAUCAAGUGACGAACUGUUUGACAGAAAUUUUCUUCGACAAGGCUCUCGAAAGAGCCACAUAUCUCGAUGAAUAUCUAGCGAGAGAAGGUAAGCCAAUGGGCCCGUUGCACGGGAUGCCGAUAAGUCUGAAGGACUCCUUCAACCUGAAGGGCACAUAUUCGACAAUCGGCUAUGUGUCAUUUAUCAACCGACCAGCAGCGGACUUCAACUCGCCUUUGGUUGACAUUCUGCUCCAGAAUGGAGCCGUUCUUUAUGUCAAGACCAACAUUCCACAAACGUUAAUGACGGCGGACUCCGAAAACAACGUCUUCGGCCGCGUGCUGAAUCCCCACAAGCUCAAACUCACUGCCGGUGGUAGUAGUGGCGGGGAAGGAGCCCUUAUCGGCAUGCGAGGCUCAAUUCUAGGCGUAGGGACAGACAUUGGAGGAUCCAUCCGAAUACCUGCCUUUUGUUGCGGAACAUUCGGGUUCAAGCCGUCUGUUGAUCGAAUUCCCUUCGGUGGCCAGACCAAUCCGGUACUCGAUGGCUGGACAGGCAUUAUACCAGCGGCAGGGCCCUUGGCGAGAAGCCCUCGCGACUUGCGAUUGUUCUUGGAAACCGUCAUCAACUCGAAACCUUGGAACUUUGACUAUACGGCACUCGCGAUGCCAUGGCAUCCGGUUGAAGAGAAGAAGACUCUGACGAUUGGCGUCAUCCACGAGUGUCCCUCCUGGCCUGUCCAGCCACCCAUCCUGCGAACCUUGAAGACGGCAACGGAAAAGCUGAAGCAAGCAGGCCACAGCAUCGUGAUGCUCGAAAACUUUCCCUCGUUCAAAGAAGCCACGGAGCUGUCGUGGAGACUCUUCGACAUUGAUAAUGAGUGCACCGGAUUCAAACAUAUUGAAGCCUCGGGAGAGCCAUGGGUCACUUCGGUCAAGGACAUGUACACGCCGCCGCCUGAAGGCCGACCCGACAAGACUCUGGGCGAUUUAUUUGACAUGAAUGAACAGCGCCUCAAAUUUCGGGCUGAGUGGUUGAAGCUCUUUGUAGAGAACAAGUUGGAUGUUAUUGUGGCACCAGGAUCGCACAAAACCGCGGUACCUCACGACACUUUCAGAAUGCCGCCGUACACCGUCAUGUUCAAUCUCCUGGCGUACCCUGCUUGCAUUAUCCCAUAUCUCAAAGCAGAUAAGAACGUGGACCUUCCAGACCCAAGGAUUCCAGACUAUCUACCAGAAGCUGUCGAUAACGCGCCGUGUCAUAUUCAGGUCAUUGCAAGAUCCGAGCACGAUGAAGAGCUAAUGUCGGCCGUGGAGUUGAUAUCAGAGGCCCUGGGCUCCCUUUGA